UAAAUUAUUUUAUAAUGUCAACGUCAAGCUUGCAAUCUGAGUGUAUUUUAGUCUCAAUUCUGUUAAAUUUAAUAGUUUAUGUCCAUUGCUUGACGACAGAUAGUUACAGUACUUUGACAACUUGUAUGAAUGAAACGGAGUGUCAAAGUUCGUCGGAAAAUUAUGAAUUAAUAAGUGAAUCCAGCACGAGUGAAAAUAUGAAUUAUGUCACUGAGAUGAUAAAUACUGAAAAGGAUUUGAAUCCCACUGACGUUCAUACUACUAAAAAAGUCAAUAUUUCUAACAUAUUUACGUCAUUUUAUCCAAUUACAACGAGAUCUUAUUCUGUAAAUAAAUUAUCUAAUUAUUCAAUAACUGCGAAUAUCAAUAGACAAUCAGUACCAAUUGUUAAACGAAUUACUGAUCCUUGCACGUGUGAUUUUCAGAUGUUAAGGUGUGAUGUUAAUUGUUGUUGUGAUAAUGAUUGCACAGAUUUUCAUUUGAGUGUAUUUUCUCACUGUUCUGACCAUAAAAGAAAUAAAUAUGACAGUCGUUACUGUUACACCAAAGAAUUUAUACGUAAAAAUAAUACUGACUUUAUCUUAGAACGUAUCGCUGAUAAUUUAUUUUGUAUAUCAUACGAUAAUUUACCACCGAUUUACAGUAAGAGCAGCUCAAUUAAAGUUACAAAUAGAGCAGAGUUUGAUGAAAUAUUAAAAAUUAAACUUCAAUCUCAAUUUACGUGGUCUCAAGAACCGUAUGCCCCUUCACAAAUAAACACGAGGAAUCCAUAUCAAGAUGGUGACAUUUUAUGGACAGUUAAAUCAAUAUAUUUCCAUCCUUUAGAAUUACCUAUCAGUGGAUUUACAAGUCACUGUUUGUUUCGAAAGAGUUUGACGUAUUUAAGAGAAUUCAAUUUCCACUGUCUCCAAACAAAAUUAAAUAUAAAUAAUACUGAUCUUUUUAUUGAAACUUAUAAUAACUUUACAAUUAUAUCUUCGCCAAUAUUUUUAAAUUCAUCUCUUUAUACUUUAUCAUCAAAUCAGAGUUGCCCAAAAAAUGUUUGUAUACCAAUUGAAACAAUUUAUUGUCUGAAAGCGUGGUCUAUGUGUAAUACAACAUUACAACCAAAAUCUUCAUGUGAAAAUGGUACCUGCUAUAAUAUUGUUAAGCAAAUUCUUUAUACGAUAACACACAACGGUACGAUGGGUGUACAAAAAAUUCAGCUAAAUAUUCUUCUUGGUAAUUUUUCAACGAGCUAUCACCAACAUUUUGAGGUGAAGUAUGAGUGGACCGGAUUUUCAAACGAUGAAGUAAUUUAUGUAAGUGGGAAUCCCGGUUAUAUUACCAAUAAGCCGAUAAUAAUUGGUACUCUAAUGAAAUCCACAUCGAAAAAUAUUGUCACGGAAUUUAUUUUCAUUAACAAAACGGAUUACCAAUUAACAGUGCCUUUGGGAGGAAGCAAAAACAAUUAUUGUUCUGAAGAAAAUAGAUAUACUGUUAAAUUUAAUGAAGAUUUAAAAUCAAAGUGCCUUAUUUCAUUAGAAACAAAUAAUUUUACUGUCGAUACUUGCAACGAAAUAAAUAAAAAAAUAAUAGCGGCAUACUUUCAACAAACAUUAAUAAAUAUAACGUCUAUUGAAGGUUAUAAAUUAUUUAUAUCAAAAACAAGUAAUAUCACGAACAAUAACGUUACAAACUGGAAUCAAAUAUUAUUGAACAAGCUACCCGCGCGAGCCACUGGCCAAAAGAUUAAUGACAAAAUAUCCUGUUGGAAUUUAACGACGUCUAUAAACAUUGAUAUCCUGUAUUCAUUAUUACCGAAACCCGAUGACGAUACUACGUACCAUAAAAUAGUUGGAGUAGCAAUAACUCUCAAUGAACGUAAUGUCAGUUUAUCAAAAUGUCCUAUAGUUAAUUGCACGGACAAAAUCGACCAUGAAAUAAACAGUUUUGUUAAAUUUCACGACGUAUCAAUGCCAGAUAAUUAUUUUUUCGCUGGAGGCCCUAAUUUAGAUAUCAGUUUACCCUAUGACUUUUUUUAUCCUUUCAUGAGUAGCUCUAAUUCUUGUCAGUGUAACUUUAUAGUUGUUAUUAUUAAUAUAAUUAAUGUAAUUAUCUAUAAAUUUAUCAUUUAAGCUACAAAUUUUUGUACCUGCACUUAAAUAUUUGGAUGCAUUUAAUUAAAUAUUUAUUUCAAACAA